AGCUCAUCUCACUUUCACCCCUGAUGUCCAGCCACUCUUGUACCACAGCUAACUUUUUUUUUUACCUAGGGUCCUCCAGCGAUCUCCUGUGAGAGGACUGGCAGAUAUGGAGAGACAUAAUGUUCGGAUCCUGAUGCUUCUCUUCAUGCUCCUGGGUGUGGCAGAGACUUUGAACAAUUUGACAGACUUGGAAAACCUUGCUGGGAAGUUGGUCUUCUACCAAAUGGAGGGGAAUGCAACCUAUGUGAGAGACACUGGAGAACUGGCUUCAGAUGUUCCUACAGAAACAAUGUUCCAGCUCUUUGAUCCACAGAAGGAUUUUAGCAAGGCAAAGUUCUCCUACACAUGGGAUUUAGGAAAUGGAGAAGUCAUUGAAGGGACUGAGCCAGUUGUUCGGUAUCACUACGCAGAGUCAGGAAACUACACACUGCAGCUGAAAGUAGGAGUCAAUAUGACCAAAUCCUCAUCUCAGAUCACUGGAGUCUACUCCAUGGAUGUCCAAGUGCUCGAUGCCAUCAAACACAUUGAGCUGAAGGGGCCUAUAGAUUAUGAGGUGUCUCAGAACACCAGUUUGGCUGUCCAUGUGGAUGGAAGUCCUCCCAUGUGGGUGUGUUGGCGUUUCCUUCCUAACUGUGUGCCGGACUUAAGUGGCGGCUGCACACUGACCUUGCUCUAUGAGAACGUCCUGAGGCUGAACCACACCUUCACCUCAGCCGGCGUCCACUGCCUGGACAUCACUGUCCGCAAUGACAUCAGCAAGCUGCAGUCGUCCUUCAGCCUCUACGUCAAAAGAAACAGUAACACCCAUGUGUUCUUCAUCUUGUUAUGUGCUGCAAUUCUUCUUGCCACUUUUUCCUUCAUUGCUGUCAUUGCCUGCCGCCCUCGUCAUCACAACAGGACACUGUUUUCUACCUCCAGUAAUGCUUUAUUCCUGAAGAACAGAGAGUCUGAUGGCCAAAGCAGGAUUCUGUUCAACUUCUUAAAUGUGGAGAAAGAAGAGAAAGCACCACUUCUUUUCCAGAGUGGGACUCAGUACUCAUCUUAAUCCUCAUACUGUUUCUUCAUUCUUUCUGAACUCUGCAACACACCUGGCUACAUGUAUUUGGUAAGAAAAAUGUAUGGUUAGUAAGUAGUAGCAUUACAGCAAUUGUCACACCACCCAUCCUGUUUCAGCUGAAGAUACUGUACCUAUAAAUCUGUUAGAAUGUUAUGCAACUUUUCAGAAUCAGUAACUAUAAUUAUAUAUUUAUUGAAAACUAUGCUCUAAGCUGUGGUUGUUAGUAGUUUAGUUGUCAAGAUUCAGUGGUAAAUGUACAAUUUUUGUGCCUCAUAAAACGAGUGAUGACCAUUAAUUACUUUGUCUGGAGGCCUAGGCUGUCAUUCAGAUGAUCUCAUAAUAAAUUAAUGAACUCAAAUGAAGGUCAUGUUUAAACAAUGCCUGUUAACCUAUGCUUGCUGAGAGUGAUUCAGUUUGCUCAUUUAUUUAUGAUAAAAUAAAUGGAUCUGUAAGAUG